CUGCUCUGAAUCCUGCCAGCAGCCAGCAGCAGCACAAGCCAGGAGCAGCUGCACUUCCUAAAACUAGAAGAAAGAGCAGUGGCUGACCAAGGAGGCUCCUGCCUAAGGUCUCAGGGGGCAGCUGAAGAGCCCCAGGGAGACCUGCUGGCUGGAGUGAGAAGACUGUGGACGAAGUCCAGCAAACCCUCCCCUUCCUCCUACAGAGACAGACACUUUUAUUUCCAGAUCCUUAUGGCACUAGGAAGGUCCUCCUGUUCAAUCGAGUGAUUUUCUGUGACAGCGACUGACUUAAAGUCCAAGACCAAACCUCAAGCCUUCCUGCUCCCCAAAGUAAAAUCCUUCACAGAGAAACUGGUUUCUAAAGUCCUGUGCCUACAAGGAUACCUAGGGACACCUUCCUUCUGACUCCUACUCUUGAGAACAAGAGAUUUAACCACCAAUACCAAAUCAGCAAAAGUUUUAAAGGCUUUUGCAACCUCCAUCGGUGCGACCUUCAAGCGGUGCUCGCUGGCCCCGCCCUGAGCAAGAUGCGGCUCGAGGGCCUCCAGAGUCACCAGAUGCUUUCGGUGUUCCUGUUGGUGCUGCUGCUGUGCGGGCCUUCACAGUCUCUAACACCCACCCAAACCAAACCUGGCAUCUUUGGUGCUUCCAAUGCACCAAGCACCCCCAAAGCCCUCACCAAGCCCGAUGGCACUUUCAGCACCCCAACCACUGCCGGCAACCCCAGUUUCCCAGACCUGCGAGAUCGCGUGAGAGCCCUGAUGCAAGACUUCCCGCUUGUAGACGGCCACAACGACCUGCCUCUUGUCCUGAGGCAGUUUUACCGGAAUGGGCUGCAGGAUGCUAACCUGAGAAACUUCACCCAUGGCCAGACCAGCCUGAAUAGGCUUAGAGAUGGCUUUGUGGGAGCUCAGUUCUGGUCCGCUUACGUACCAUGCCAGACUCAGGACCGGGAUGCCUUACGUCUCACACUGGAGCAGAUCGACCUCAUUCACAGAAUGUGUGCCUCUUAUUCUGAGCUGGAACUUGUGACCUCAGUUAAAGCUCUGAACAGCACCCGGAAAUUGGCCUGCCUGAUUGGUGUGGAGGGUGGCCACUCACUAGAUAACAGCCUCUCUGUGCUUCGAAGUUUCUACCAGUUGGGGGUGCGCUACCUGACGCUCACACACACCUGCAAUACACCCUGGGCAGAGAGCUCAUCUAAGGACGUCCACUCAUUCUACAGCAGUGUCAAAGGACUGACCGGCUUUGGUGAAAAGGUGGUGGCAGAAAUGAAUCGCUUGGGCAUGAUGGUUGAUUUGUCCCAUGUCUCCGAUGCUACUGCGCGGCGGGCCUUGGAAGUGUCCCGGGCACCUGUGAUCUUCUCCCACUCGGCUGCCAGGGGUGUGUGCAGAAAUGCUCGGAAUCUUCCUGAUGACAUCCUGCGGCUUCUGAGGAAGAAUGGUGGCAUCGUGAUGGUGACAUUCUCUGUAGGAGUGUUGCGGUGCAACCCAUUAGCCAAUGUAUCCACUGUGGGAGAUCACUUUGACCACAUCAAGGCAGUCAUUGGAUCCGAGUUCAUCGGGAUUGGUGGAGAUUAUGAUGGCACUGCACAGUUCCCUCAGGGGCUGGAGGACGUGUCUACAUACCCAGUGCUCAUUGAGGAGUUGCUGAGGCGGGGCUGGAGUGAACAGGAGCUGCAAGGUAUCCUUCGAGGAAACCUGCUUCGGGUCUUCGGACAGGUGGAACAGGUACGGGAGAAAAACAGACGGCAACGUCCUUUGGAGGACAUGAUUCCAGAGGAGCAGCUGGACAGUGCCUGUCACUCUGUCUUGCCACAACUUCAUCAGAAACAGUAUCAAGGAGAGAACCAAUCAGAGAUCUCAACCCAUCAUACACUCAAGUUAUCAUCCAAGUGUUCACACUCAAAAUCUUCUCCGUGCAUAGUGCCAUGCCUCACCAUUGUUGUAACCUUUUUAGGCUUUAUUAUAUGACUUUGGUGAUCCAUGCAGUCCUCCCAGAUAUCAUUCUGGUACCCUGGAACCUCCUCUGCUUGUGCAGGGGCAAACAUUUUCUGGAAGUAAAUGUUUUUUUUAAUGUAGAAA